AUGUUUGCAUGGAACUUUGUCCUCAACCAGUCUGGCCCCACUGAGUUUGUGUUCCGCAUGUUCACUGCCAUCCCGAAAUUCCAGGUCCUCCUCUUCCUUCUCUUCCUCCUCCUCUACUUGAUGAUCCUUUGUGGCAACACAGCUAUCAUCUGGGUGGUCUGCACCCAUACCUCCCUCCGCACUCCGAUGUACUUCUUCCUGUCCAAUCUAUCUUUCCUAGAAAUCUGCUAUACUUCUGUUGUGGUGCCCUUGAUGCUCUCUAACAUUUUGGGGUCCCAGACGCCCAUUCCCUUGGCAGGCUGUGGGGCCCAAAUGUUCUUUUUUGUCACCCUUGGCAGUACCGACUGUUUCCUCUUGGCAGUUAUGGCAUAUGAUCGUUAUGUGGCCAUCUGCCACCCACUGCACUACACCCUCAUCAUGACCCAGAAAUUGUGCAUCCAGAUGGUGGUUGGGUCCCUGGCCCUGGCCCUUUCCCUCUCACUGCAGCUCACAGCCUUAAUCUUCACACUGCCCUUCUGUGGGCACCUCCGGGAAAUCAACCACUUCCUCUGUGAUGUCCCUCCAGUUCUGCGCCUGGCCUGUGCUGACACCCGCGUGCACCAGGCUGUCCUCUAUGUGGUGGGCAUCCUUGUGUUGACUGUACCCUUUCUUCUUAUCUGUGUUUCCUAUGUGUUCAUCACACUGACCAUCCUACGCAUGAAUUCUGCUGAGGGCCGCCACCGGGCCUUCUCCACCUGUUCCUCCCACCUCACAGUGGUCUUGCUGCAGUAUGGCUGUUGUAGCCUGGUCUACCUGCGGCCCCGAUCCAGCACCUCAGAGGAUGAGGAUCGACAAAUUGCCCUGGUCUAUACCUUUGUCACACCCCUGCUCAACCCCCUGAUUUAUACUCUUCGAAACAAGGAUGUGAAAGGUGCUCUGAGAAAUGCUAUCAUCAACAAAGCAGCUUCUGACACCCAUUGA